AUGGAGAAACAGCAUCAGUUGCGUUCCAUUCAACAAGAUAAAGCCCGCACAGAUAUCCUGGCCAAACUAGGCGAAAACUCAAUUUUAAGUACUCAAGAUUGGGCAAUGAAAUUUUUGCAGCAAAAGUACAGAGAAACCCAGACGGACUGGUUCGGGAAGAGGGGAAUAUCAUGGUACAUUAGUGUUGUUGUAAGGUGGCUGGCAGAUGGUAAACUGCAGCAUCAAGUAUUUGUCCAUAUUGUAGAAAACUGUAGCCAAGAUACUGACGUGGUCAUACCCAUCAUGCAACACACCCUGACAGAGCUAAAGAAGGAGAACCCAAAUAUAACCUCCGCUGCAUAUUGCCAAGACAACGCCGGUUGCUACCACAGCGGCCCCAUGUUGGCAGCCUGUUGCCUUAUGGAGGAAACCACUGGUAUAACAGUUCACCAGGUUGAUUUCAGCGAUCCACAGGGUGGUAAAGGCGCAUGCAAUCGCAAAGCUGCCACAAUUAAAUGUCAUGUAUGUUCGUCGUUACAUCAACGAAGGUCAUGAUGCUGUCAAUGCAACGCAACUAAGAGAUGCCAUUUUAUCUAACGGCAGAGUAAGUGGUGUACGAGUAGCACUGGUGGAUGCAGGAGGAAUCAAGCAUUUGGAACCCAUAAAAAUAGUUGGCAUAAGCACGCUGAAUAAGUUCAUAAUCGAUAACAGUAUAGAGAGCAUACGACAUAGGAAAAGGGAAAAUCAUACCCUGGGCCAAUUUAAAUGGUAAAUAAAUGUCCACCACAGUUAUAAUUACAAAUAAUUAUGAUUGUGAUCAUGAUCAUGACGAUAAUAAUGGUAUUGGUCAUGGUGACGCUGACUUAUUUUAUAUGCAAUUUUGAUAUUUUUAGUGCCUGGCAGCUUCUGCACUUCUACCUUUAACUGUGGGUUCUCAGCUGGAGAUUUUGUGGAUAUCACUCCAACUAGACGCACAAAAACCGACAAGGUGGUUGACAGAGACGCCGAUGAUGAUGACAAUGAAAAUGAGGUUUAUGGAGACAGGAAAGAGAAGUUGCCAGAACUGUUUAGCUGUCCCACUGAGGGGUGUAUCAAGAAUUACCAUCGAUAUUCAUCCCUUGAAAGCCAUUUGGAAUACGGAGUAUGCAAGCUGCAGCUGGAAAGACAAAGCCUUCUCGACAAGGCCAAGGCUGUGUAUGUGGAAAAACUAUUGCACGGAGCUGGAGAACAGCCUGUGAUGAAAAGUUCUGAUACUCUUCUUGACAACCGAAACGACAUGCUGCCUCAGGGGUGGGCACUAAGAACCACUAAAUCUAGCAAGCGCUUUAACGAGAGGCAGAAAUCCUACCUUAAUGAGAAGUUUAACAUUGGCAAUGAGACGGGGCACAAACGUAGGCGUUUUACCUUGAAUGAGUUCCUGACCCCCCAGCAGAUACAAUCAUAUUUCUCUCGAAAGGCGUCAAAGCAAAAAAAGGGGCAAGUACAGCCAGUGGACAGACCUGAAGACAGA